AUGAGGAUAAUCAUAUAUUUUUGCAUUUGGGCAGCAACAUGGGCCAUUCCAGUUCCUCAGAUCAAGCCAUUGGAGAGAUAUGCUGUUGGCGAAUCUGUGAAUUUAAAUCUCCCAGCAAAAUCAAAAGUGCCAAUACAGGAUGAGCUAAAUGCUAAUGAUACCACCAAAGAGAGUGGUGUCCCCAUGCAUGAAAGAGAAAUGGGAAGGCAACAGUAUACCAAAGAUGGUUACAAAGUAGAGAGAAAUUGUUCUGAGUGGGCAGAUGUAGGAGGGAGAAGUUCUUCUACACAUUCCAUGUUAGUAAAUGAAGAAAAGCAUCCUGAGGAUCAGAAUGGGGGCACAGGAAGACCAGAAACAUAUGGUCAUGCUGGGUUACAUGGAAAGGAAGAGAGCACCACCGCCAAUGGUCUUAGGGGACAAGUAAGCAUUAUUGACAAUACAGGAGCAGCAAAUGGGAACGAUAUUAAUGAAAAUAAUGAUAAGAAUUCAAAGAACAGGACUGUUGAAGAUGCCAGUCAGAGUGAGAAUGCCACUGUUUUUGAAAAAGAUGCACAUCAAGUUGCUGGAAGCAGUAACAGUACAGGCCGUGAGGAUGAAACAAAUGGGGAUUCCUGUAGAAAUGAGGGUGCCACAUGUGAAGUAACACCUCAGAAAGAAAGUGAGAGAAAUGGUCAUGAGGAGGCAGGAGAAAUACCAGGGGGAAGUGGAGUCGGCAAUAGAGAGGAUGCUGGCCUGGAUAAUCCUGAUGGGAGUCCCAGUGGGGAUGGAGAAGAUGAGGAUGAAGACAAGGGCUCUGGUGAUAAUGAAGGUGAAGAAACAGGAAAUGGAAAAAAGGACACUGAUAAUAGUAAGGGCCAGGAGGGUCAGGGUCAUGGAAAAGAAGAUGACAAUGAUAAUAGCUUAGGUCAAAAUUCAAUUAGUAGUGAAGAUGAUGAUGCUGCUGAUGAAGAAGAUGCCCAGCGCAUGGAUGGAAACAAUGCCUCCAAGAGUGAAGAGGAUUCCGAUGGUAUUCCAGAAGGAAAUGAUAGCAAAAGAAUAGAGAACACCCAAAAACCCAAUCACAGAGAAAACAAUGAUGUGGAAAAUGGAAUUACCAAAGAACCAGAACCAAAUACUAAUGGGAGGAGCCAAAAUAAGAGAACAGACAUUGAAGUUCCCAGCAGUGGCAACAGAAACAAUAUUACCAAAGAAGCUGGGAAAGUCAACAAAGAGAAAGAGAGCAAAGCACAACAUGGAAUAAUUGUGGGCAAUGGAAAUGUUAAGACACAAGGAGAGGUUGACAACAUGCCAGGGCCUGGCCAGAACUCAGAACCUGGAAGUAAUGUUGGACACAGCAGAACAGGUAGUGACAGUAACAGUGAUGGAUAUGAUAGUUAUGAGUUUAAUGAUGAAUCCAUGCAAGGAGAUGAUCCCAGUAGCAGUGAUGAGUCUAAUGGCAAUGAUGAUGCCAAUUCUGAAGGUGACAAUAAUAGCAGUAACCAAGGAGAUAUAUCUUAUAACUCAGUUGAAUCAAAAGAUAAUGACAAUGACAGUGACUCAAAAGGAGAAAAAGAUGCUGAAAAUGACAGCACAUCAGAUGCUAAUUAUAGUGACAGUAAUGGCAAUGGUAAUGAUGAGAGUGAUGAUAGCAAAUCAGACAGCAGCAAAGAUAAAUCAGACAGCAGUGACAGCAAAUCGGGUAGUGACAGCAGUGACAGUAGUGACAGCAGCGACAGUAGUGACAGUAAAUCAGAUAGCAGUGACAGUAGUGACAGCAGCAACAGCAGUGACAGCAGUGACAGUAAAUCAGAUAGUAGUGACAGCAGUGACAGUAGUGAUAGCAGUGACAGCAGUGACAGUAGUGACAGUAAAUCAGAUAGCAGUGACAGCAGUGAAAGUAAAUCAGAUAGCAGUGACAGUAGUGACAGCAGUGACAGUAGUGACAGCAGCGACAGCAGUGACAGCAGUGACAGUAAAUCAGAUAGUAGUGACAGCAGUGACAGUAGUGACAGCAGUGACAGCAGUGACAGCAGCGACAGUAAAUCAGAUAGCAGUGACAGUAGUGACAGCAGUGACAGCAAAUCAGAUAGCAGUGACAGCAGUGACAGCAAAUCAGAUAGCAGUGACAGUAGUGACAGCAGUGACAGCAGUGACAGCAAAUCAGAUAGCAGUGACAGUAGUGACAGCAGUGACAGCAAAUCAGAUAGCAGUGACAGCAGUGACAGCAAAUCAGAUAGCAGUGACAGUAGUGACAGCAGUGACAGCAGUGACAGCAAAUCAGAUAGCAGUGACAGUAGUGACAGCAGUGACAGCAAAUCAGAUAGCAGUGACAGCAGUGACAGCAAAUCAGAUAGCAGUGACAGUAGUGACAGCAGUGACAGCAGUGACAGCAAAUCAGAUAGCAGUGACAGUAGUGACAGCAGUGACAGCAAAUCAGAUAGCAGUGACAGCAGUGACAGCAAAUCAGAUAGCAGUGACAGUAGUGACAGCAGUGACAGUAGUGACAGCAAAUCAGAUAGCAGUGACAGCAGUGAAAGUAAAUCAGAUAGCAGUGACAGUAGUGACAGCAGUGACAGUAGUGACAGCAGCGACAGUAAAUCAGAUAGCAGUGACAGUAGUGACAGCAGUGACAGCAAAUCAAAUAGCAGUGACAGUAGUGACAGCAGUGACAGCAAAUCAGAUAGCAGUGACAGUAGUGACAGCAGUGACAGCAAAUCAGAUAGCAGUGACAGCAGUGACAGUAAAUCAGAUAGCAGUGACAGCAGUGACAGCAGUGACAGUAGUGACAGCAGCGACAGUAAAUCAGAUAGCAGUGACAGUAGUGACAGCAGUGACAGCAAAUCAGAUAGUAGUGACAGCAGUGACAGCAGUGACAGCAGUGACAGCAAAUCAGAUAGUAGUGACAGCAGUGACAGCAAAUCAGAUAGCAGUGACAGUAGUGACAGCAGCGACAGUAAAUCAGAUAGCAGUGACAGUAGUGACAGUAGUGACAGCAGUGACAGCAGUGACAGCAAAUCAGAUAGCAGUGACAGUAGUGACAGCAAAUCAGAUAGUAGUGACAGCAGUGACAGCAGUGACAGUAAAUCAGAUAGCAGUGACAGUAGUGACAGCAGUGACAGCAGUGACAGCAAAUCAGAUAGCAGUGACAGUAGUGACAGCAAAUCAGAUAGCAGUGACAGCAGUGACAGUAAAUCAGAUAGUGACAGUAGUGACAGCAGUGACAGUAAAUCAGAUAGCAGUGACAGCAGCGACAGCAGUGACAGCAAAUCAGAUAGUAGUGACAGCAGUGACAGCAGCGACAGCAGUGACAGUAGUGACAGCAAAUCAGAUAGUAGUGACAGCAGUGACAGUAAAUCAGAUAGCAGUGACAGCAAAUCAGAUAGUAGUGACAGCAGUGACAGUAGUGACAGCAAAUCAGACAGUAGUGACAGCAGUGACAGUAGUGACAGCAAAUCAAACAGUCACAGCAGUAACAGCAGUGAAAGCAGCGACAGUGCAUCUGACAACAGUGAUGAAAGUGCCAGUAAGAGCAAGUCUGAUAAUGGCAAGAACAAUGGGAGUGACAGUGACAGUGAUAGUGACAGUGAAGGCAGUGACAGUAAUCACUCAACUAGUGAUGACUAG